UCCUUCCUCCCUCCAUUCACAAAUCACAAUUUUUCUUUUCCUCGCAAAUGCAAUUAUCUAUUAACCGUCCUCUCAUCUCACUUUGAGUUCUUUAUUAUCCUUUUUUAGAUAUAAAUAUUAAUUACCUUUUCCAACAUAAACAAGUUUCCUUUCCUUUCGUGGUCGGGGUGGGGUUUCUCUCUCUCUCUUUCUCUCUCUAUGCUUUUCUUUUCUUAUUCCUUUCUUCAUUUUUUCUCCAAAACACUUUCUCCUUUCUUUCUUGUGUCUUGUGUUUUGUAAUAUCCCUUUUAUUUUUUUGAAAAGUUUUAUAUUUAAUAUUCAUGAUUAUUAUUUUAUAAUAGAAUUUUAGGUUCACGCAACCAUAUGCAUGUUCUCUCCAUGCUUGUCUGAUCUGGAUUGGAUCACAAGGAUCUUUGCCAUUUUCACUUUUUGUUUGCUACUUGAAAGGGUAGUGGUGGGGUUUUCAAUUUUAGUAACUCAUUAAUCCCUAGAUUUUUGGGUCAUAUUAAUCAUAGGACAAAGCAAAAACCUUGGAAGAAGAAAGGUACAAUUAAGGGACCUUUUUGUUGUGUUCUCAAGGGAAAUUUUGAACAAAGGGUUCUGUUUCAUUGUGGUUGGAUUAUUGUGCAAGUAAAUUUGUGGUACCCCAAUUGAAUAAAGUUUUGAUUUUUGAUUUUAGUAUGUGGUUUUGCUUGUGACUGUUAGUUUGGGUUGGUGUUGCAUCAAUUCCCUUGUGAUAUUCAGUUAUGGCAGGGAUUGAUGUUGCUAGGUUUUCUCAUAGUCCUGUUCAUAAGGCUGUGAUUUUGAAGGAUUAUGCUGAACUUAAGAAGAUACUUGGUGGUUUGCCGAAAUUUAGUAAUGUGGCUGAGAUUCGUACAGAAGCGGAUUCCGUUUUAGAGGAAGAGAAAGCUGAUGCCAUUUCUGAUGUGAUUGAUAGGCGUGAUGUGCCGAACCGUGAUACUGCUCUUCACUUGGCUGUAAAAUUGGGGGAUGAAGUUGCUGCUGAGAUGCUUAUGGUUGUUGGUGCAGAUUGGAGUUUGCAGAAUGAACAAGGGUGGAGUUCUCUUCAAGAAGCAAUUUGCAGUAGAGAAGAGAGGAUUGCGAAGAUCAUAAUUAAGCAUUAUCAGCCUUUGGCUUGGGCGAAAUGGUGUAGAAGGUUGCCUCGUUUGGUAGCGACGAUGCGAAGAAUGAGAGACUUUUAUAUGGAGAUUACAUUCAAUUUUGAGAGUUCUGUGAUUCCUUUCAUUUCAAGGAUUGCGCCUUCGGACACUUACAAAAUUUGGAAAAGGGGCGCAAAUCUAAGAGCUGAUAUGACUUUGGCUGGUUUUGAUGGUUUUAGAAUUCAGAGAUCAGAUCAGAGUGUUCUUUUUCUCGGUGAUGGUUCGGAGGACGGGAAAGUCCAACCCGGGUCGCUCUGCAUGAUCUCACACAAGGAAAAGGAGGUACUGAAUGCUUUAGACGAUGCUGCUUUUGCUGCGAAUGAUGAAGAAGUUCAGCAAGAAGUGGCUGCAAUGUCAAAAACGAAUAUAUUUAGGCCCGGUAUUGAUGUUACUCAGGCGGUUCUUUUGCCUCAGUUGACAUGGAGGCGGCAGGAGAGAACGGAAAUGGUAGGGUCUUGGAAAGCUAAGGUGUAUGAUAUGCACAAUGUAGUUGUAAGUAUAAAAUCUAGAGGAGUUCCUGGAGCUAUGACAGACGAUGAGUUGUUCUCGUCUUGCAAUGGAAAUGAAACUGAGAGUGAAGAACUUAACGAUAUUUUGACUGAAGAUGAAAGAAGGCAGUUGGAGGAUGCACUUAAGUUGGAUUCAUCAGAACUGAACAUUGACAGUGAUGAUGGGAUUUUUGGGCAUCGUUCUAGCUCUUAUGAAGUUCGGGAUAUUCCUAUUGAAGAUGCAAAUGGUAGCCAUAGCCAAAGUGGUGGAGAAAAUAAGCAGGAAAAGAAAGGAUGGUUUGGUGGAUGGAGAAAAAAGGAAUCUAAACAUGAAUCGCUGAAGAAGAUUUCUCCACCAAGAAGUUCUCUUUGCGUAGAAGAAAAAGUGAGCGAUUUAUUGGGGGAUUCUCCUUCGAGAAAUCAGAUAAAGCCAGGAAGACAUUCUGUUGAGGUGGUUGCAAGGGGUGACGAGCAGCGGAGGAAAAAAGAUGUCAGGGCUUCUUCUGCAAAUUCUGAUAGCAGGAGUCGUCACAAGGAAGGAAGCCGUGAAAAUGAAUAUAAGAAAGGGUUGAGGCCUAUUCUCUGGCUUUCUCCAAACUUUCCAUUAAAAACUGAAGAACUCUUGCCCUUGCUUGACAUUGUUGCAAACAAAGUUAAAGCAAUUCGUCGAUUAAGAGAACUCCUUACAACAAAACUUCCAAUGGGAACUUUUCCUGUUAAGGUUGCCAUUCCUGUUGUUCCUACCAUAAGAGUAUUAGUUACUUUUACAAAAUUUGAAGAACUACAGCCAUUAGAUGAAUUCGCAACACCGCCAUCGAGUCCAUCUGCUUCUGGAGAAGAGAGCCCUGCAGCAACAAAUAUCCCGUCUUCGUCUUGGUUUCAGUGGAUAAAGGCUCCAUACCGUGCUAGUUCAUCGGCUGCAGGUUCCAGCAGUAGGAUAGAAAAUAUUCCAGACCCAUUUGCAAUUCCCUCAGAUUACACUUGGGUCACUGCUGAAGCAAAGAAGAAAAAGAUGCAAGAGAAGAACAAAUCAAAAAAAGGGAAAAGUCAUAAGCAAUGAUGUAACUUCAGGGGCCAUUGAAAAUUCAAACUAGGAUUUGAUUCUCCAAAGGAGUUGUGCUUGACCAUUUCAUAUGAGAAGUGAAUCAUUGUGGUUCUUGCAAUAAUUGUUUGAGUUUUCAAGUUUACACCAUACAUUUGUUGACUGUGUUUCAAAAUAUAUAUGUGCAAACCAAUUAACUCAAGUAUAGUUGCAAUCACAAUGUGCAACUUUCAUCAUCAUAAUUAGAGUUUGAAUUCAAGUGGGUUUGAUUGUAAUAAUUAUAAUUCUUUCUCUUGAUUUUAUUCAUGUUGUAAAUAUAUUGAUGACAUUGUUUACUAGCUUUGGAAUUUAUCAUAGCUUGUUUUCUUGUAUUAA